GUGCGCCGCGCCGCGCAAGCGCCGUACAUGGUCCGCGCAUGCGUGCGUGCGGGGUCAAAGGGCGCGACGGCGACGCCUGCACAGAGUGGCGCGACGCGGCAGAAUGGCGGACAAAGAGAAGAAGAAGAAGGAGAGUAUCUUAGACUUGUCCAAGUACAUCGACAAGACGAUCCGGGUGAAGUUUCAGGGAGGCCGCGAAGCCAGUGGAAUCCUGAAAGGGUUUGACCCGCUCCUCAACCUUGUGCUUGAUGGCACCAUCGAAUACAUGAGAGACCCCGACGACCAGUACAAACUUACGGAGGACACCCGCCAGCUGGGCCUGGUGGUGUGCAGGGGCACCUCCGUGGUGCUUAUCUGCCCGCAGGAUGGCAUGGAGGCUAUCCCCAACCCCUUCAUCCAGCAGCAGGAAGCCUAGCAAAAGGGGAGGGCGAGGACAGGGCUACCCUUGGACUCGCAGCUGGCCCUUCUGCCUUAUGUGCGACCUAGAGGAACGGAACUUUUCCUUUUUGUAUAGGUUACGUUUUUGUUUUCUUAAUAAAAUUGCAAACCUCACAUGUCUAGGAGCUCCAUAA